AUGCUCUCGUCCAAACGCUGUGUGCGUUUCAAUAAAUACUUGCAAAACGACCCCAAGACCGAUGUGAUCACAAUACUCCUUCCAAACAUUUACAGCCCGCGAGACUCGAGACGGCCAUGGAAGAGGGAACUGCGAGAUAUGGCCAAGGUUCAUGAUUUGGAGUUAAACGAUGAACAACUUACAAACCGAGCUUGGUGGAUUGUAGUUCUUUCUGCGCUCGUUGGGAAAAUUAGCGAUGUCCGCCUAGAGACCGAGCGUUUCCCACCCGGGGCCGCAACGUUUGGGAGGCGACGACUUACGCUCGAUGUCGAGCUUUUACUUCUUCAUAAGCGCUCUCGGGCCAAUCGCCUACGAUACCGAGGAUCAAUAGAGAUGUCUGUAAACCCGGGGCUACAAUAUGCGUGGAUCCGAAAGGCUGGACAUUAUCUCCAACUACAACUGAGAAUUUAUAGGCAAACAGUGAUGGGGUGGACAGGCAUGUUGAAGUUCGAAGGACGAGAGUUGGGUACCGAUAUCCAGCAUCGUCAAACUCUUCUGUCGUCGACGCCUUGCGAUCAUGUCGCUCCAGGAUUAAAUACUACGAGGGCUGUGGACGACUCCACAGCACGAAAACAGGUUGUCCAAGCAAACGAACAAAAGCACGAGUGGCAUGUUGCUUUUACACUAGGCGUUUACUUAAAUACCUCUUUCGCGAAGAUGAGAAGACGCAAAAUGGGUCGCGCAUGUUACAACCCCAUGGACGCACAGCGUUUCGACCCCCUGCGACGCACUAACAUGAGACUUUUCAAAACUGGCACUUCAAAUUCGGUGAUGAGGCAGGGCCUUCGCGUCAGGAACCGAGCAAAUGAGUGCGGGCAAUUUAAUCCUGUUGAGGGGGGACGUUCGGAUCGCGAGGAGUCGUACUCGUCCCCUACGGCCACAUGCGCCACUUCCCCUACACCUAUCGAUACAUACGAUCCCGUCGACAUCGUCGUCACACGCACCAUCAUGCCACCCCAAACUCAAUCCUCAUCAUGGUCGUCGUGUGCCAUCUCGCACGCAGAUGAUGCUUACACGGUUGUUCUCGCGCUCACCGUCUCGCACAGGCACCUACUCUCCCUCUCCGUCAUCUGCAUCACCCCGAUCCACCCCCCCUUCGCGCUUCACGCGCGUGGUGCUUCGAGCAUUCAACUCGAUGAAGAUGAUACGGAAAUGCGUAGGAGGGAGAGGCCUCUGUUGCUGGUGAUUGUUAAGGAGACGAGGGAGAAGCACGAGGAUGAUAGGGCGUUCAAGGAGAUAGUAGGGAGUGUCUUUCCUGCUGCUGGUGUGAGGGGUAGCGCUUGA